GAUUCGACUCUUUAAAACAAACCCGAGACUGAACUGAACCGAACUGAGCGUUAAAGCACAUCACUAUCAUCCUGCACUUGGGGUCUCUAGUUCACCCAGGGAACCUUCCAGUCUUUUCCUUUGGGACGGGUAGGUUUUCUUUUCACUCACACCACCAGCGAGAGGACAUGAAGACAUUCGCAUGUCUUCUGCUUUUGGGAUUGUCUACGCUGUAUCGUGCUCUGGGACUGAAUCAUGAAGACUCAGAGGCCACGUAUCCCAACAACAGCAACGAGGUGCAUGAAGAUACACAUUACACUCCAGAGUUGGACUAUAAGCGUCCCUUUUGGUGUCAAACACUUAAACUACACAAUGGACACAUGACAUGCUCCUCCCCACGAGGUGGGAACUAUCGCAAUUCAUUCGGCACACGAUGUGCACUUUCCUGUGAUCGUGGAUAUAAACUUCUGGGUCGAUCAUCUGUACAGUGCAUGGCUAAUCGUCGCUGGUCAGGAACUGCUUACUGCAGAAUGGUGCGCUGCCAUGUGCUUCCUCACAUUCAGCAUGGUACAUACAUCUGUAGCAAGAGCUUUCUGGUUUACUCCAGGUGUGACUAUUCGUGCUUUCAAGGCUACCAGAUUGAAGGGGACCGAUAUCGUGUUUGCCAGGAAGAAGGGCGCUGGAGUGGUGCAGAACCUACUUGUGCUGAUCAUGAUCCCCCCAAACUGAAAUGUCCUUUAUCCAGAGUUAAGGUAGCAGAACCAGGAAAACUUACUGCCACAGUGUCCUGGGAACGUCCCACAUCCACAGACACAGCUGACCGAACACUGCAGAUUUUACGAAAUGGACCAGAAUCAGGUUCGGAAUUUAGUGAGGGGCAGUAUGUAAUUCGCUACAAAGUCUAUGACCAGGCCCGGAACAUGGCCACCUGCAAGUUUACAGUCCAGGUUGAGGUCAGGAGAUGUCCCGUACUGAAGGCCCCUUUGAAUGGAUACUUGAGCUGCACAUCUGACGUAAAUAAUUAUGGAGCUACUUGCGACUAUCACUGCGAUGCUGGUUAUGAGAGGAGUGGCAUCUCCACUCGAGUCUGCUUGUUUAACCGUAGCUGGUCAGAUGAUGCCCCGGAGUGCAUGUUGAUGCAGAUCAAAACUGACAUCAGGUCUGCUGGUGCCCUGCUUGACCAGUUCUACGAGAAGAGGAGACUCCUCAUUGUGUCCACGCCAAGUGUAACUGACCAGUAUUACCAGCUUCAGAACAUCAUGCUGCAGAGCGCUGGAUGUGGUCUGGAUCUUCGGCAUGUGACAGUGAUUGAAUUGAUAGGAAAUCCACCUCAAGAAGUGGGCCGGAUUAAAGAUCAAAUUCUCGAUACCGAGGUCAUAGAGGGUCUCAGGCAGGCGCUACAGGUCACUCGAUCAUAUUUCAACAUGGUGUUGCUUGAUGAACUUGGUGUGGACCGGGAACGUUUUAUUGAACCCACCACCUCAGAUGAACUCUACAAUUACAUUGAGGAGUACCUUCUCACAGAGGAGGAACGAGAAAGACUGCAGCUAACCCGAGACCUCUGUGACUGAGCCAUAUAAAUGGUACAGAGGUCUAUGUUGUGGCUGUGUACCAAAAAUACUGUCCUUUAUGAGUAGAGUUUUUAAACAUAAUAAAUGCAUUUCUUAAACCUAAGUAUGUUGUACAUAACUCAGCUAACACAACAAUAGUGCAAAAAUUAUAUAAUAUUUAUUAAGUGAAUUGUAUA